UCGUAGAUAUGCAAGAUGGCGGCUUCCAUGCUGGCGAGAUUGCCAACCGAACACGUGGGAGAAGCCGAUUCAGACGACUAUAACUCCAGUUCAGGAGAAGAAAGCGAAAAUUCAGACACCGAGUUACAGAAAGCAUUCGCUAAAGGGUACCUGAAGCCUGGACUAAAUGUUGUAACUCAUGGACCGAAAAAAUGCAUCAAUGAUGUGGUGGGGAUAACAGAAGCCUUGGCAGAGCUCCAACAGGAUCUUCCAUGGGUUGAGAGGCUUGACAUCGUUAACGAGGAGGUCGGGAAAAGAGCAGCAGAUGAGGAGGAAGAGGAGCAAGAGGAGUUGAAGAGAGCAACUUCAGCCGAUGACGUACACAAUGACUUCAAGCGAGAGAUGAAAUUUUAUCGACAGGGCCAAGCGGCAGUCUUGGAAGCUGUUCCUCGACUACAAAAGCUUGGCUUUUGCACAAAGAGACCGGAGGAUUACUUUGCUGAGAUGGCCAAGUCAGAUGAACACAUGAGAAAGGUUCGGAAGAGGCUCAUAGGCAGGCAGCUGUCCAUAGAAAGAUCUGAAAAGGCCAAGAAAUUACGAGAACUCAAAAAGUUUGGCAAAAAGGUCCAACAUGAGGUGCUCCUGAAGAGACAGAAAGAGAAGAAAGAAUUGAUGGAAUCUGUGAAGAAGUUCAGACGAGGCAAGAAAGAUGCCCUUGACAUCUUGGAAGAUCUCGAUCGAAAGCCGGGAAAUAGACAAACCAGCAAACGAGGAGUUCCUGAUGAAAAGACUGUCAACAAAUUCGGAAAAGGAAAAAAGCGACAAUACAGAGAUGAGAAGUUUGGAGAAGGUGGGAAGAAGAGAGGAUCCAAGAGAAACACAAAGGAAAGCGCUUACGACGAAAGCCGAGGACAAACAUCAUUGCGAAUCAGAGAUCAGGGAGCCAGCUUAUUCAAGCCGGGUAAAAAGUAUCAGGUACAGCGCAAGAAACAGAUGAAGCGUCUCGGAAAGGCACGUAGGCGGCAGGCCAAGUCACGCAGGAAAAAGUGAGGAGGUUGUCGAACCAUAGACCAGGAGUGUCCAAGAUGACUGCCCUCAAGAGUGAUGAACUCAAAAGGUUGAACUCUGACCUGGACUUCCCUCCAGUAAUUCUUAAUCUGAGGGUCACAUCCUCGGUUUACAGCAAGCCUAGGUUUUGGCCUUCACGGUUUCUAAGUAUGCCGACACAUGCUGACUGUGGACAGCCAUAGCUAUGGCAGCCAGUAUGGGAUGUGGACUGAUUCUUCAUCAUGUUUGGAGCAGAAAGGAUGUUUAAAUAGUGACUUCUUAAAUUCCUUUAGAUUUUAAAGUACUAAUUUGUCUCAUGGUUCUGUUUGUUUUUUCUUUGUGAAAAAUUUGCUUGGGGGUAUAACUCAAUUUCAGUGAAGAGGGAGUCGUUUUGGUACCCCGAAUGAGCCUGUGCCGUCAACUUGUCCAGAGUAUGACCCCCAGGUCAUCAGGUUUGGAGAUAUAUCAUAACCCCUGAAAGUAAGAGGAUUGAUGUUAAAUUAAUUUCUCAAUAUAUGUUGCCAAUUAAAAUUCCUUAAUUAUCAAUUUUCUGAAAUUUCCUUAUUUGGUCAUAUUCAUGUAACUGAACAUUUUUGGAGAAGUUAAAUUCAAUGUUGAAUUGAUAUUUCCUGGGCACAGUAGGGCCAUCUUCCUUUUACCUUAUAACUGUUCCCCGCCCCAACUCAAACUUGACUUGGUUUUUUAUAGUCCGAGACCAAAAACAGCAAUUGCGGAACCAAUUCACUUCUUUUAUUUACAAAACUUUACAAAUAGGCAACUAAAACCAUUAACUGAACACUCUUAUAUUGAAGGCACUAAUGCAUGUACCCUAAAGCUUUAACAUGACUCGACAAUAGAAUAAGCCAAUCCAUUAAGCCCCACCCCGUUGUUUUCUGACCAAUCACAGUGGUGAUGUAUGUCUGACGUGGCACAAAAGUCUAACAUGCCGGCACACAAAUACGAUGUGUGCACCUGGAAUAUGUUGUGUGCCUUUGGAGAAAGCCAUGUGACAAGUGCCCAUGUGUGCAGUGGGCGGGGAUUACUGGAUCGGAAAUGCAUUCAGUCAUGUUAUUCUGUGAUUGAAAGACUCCCCCUACUUGUACAUCACAACAAAGGAGAGAUUGGUGUUUCCUAAAGCAAACGUGGAUCCCAAAUCUUAGAAUUCUCAGCACUGCUGUCAGUUGAUCAAGGGAUGUAAAUUUGGAAAUCGGAGCUCGGGGUUCCACAACUCCCCCCAAAUAAAUCCAAAGACUUAA